AUGAGAGCAGAUGAAAAAGGGUUUCAGGACACCAUUUGGGUUCCAGUAAAGAUGGAGUAUGAGCUGGGAGAGCAAACAGAGAAGCGCCUGAAGGAAAUGGGUGUCCGCUGUGUUGGGGAAACCUUAGAUGUAGAGUACUUCUAUGAUACUGUGAGCUUCCAACUGGCUUCCACACAGACCUGGCUGAAUCAGCGAAACAACCAAUGGGGACUGAUUCUAGCAGAGGGACAAGACUUUAACCACAAUCAAUCAGAGGAGACCGGAAAGUAUGAAGAGGACUUUGCCACUUUUAGACAGUCCGAAGAGAAAAAAAGCAAAACAUUCAACCCAUCACCUGCUGAAAGUUCUGAAACAGGUCCUACAUUUAUAGCAAAGGAAGUUCAGAGUACAUUCUCAAACAAUAUGCUGACAGGACCAAUAUACACAGAGUUGAAUGACCCAUGCUCAAUUAUGAUGCACCUCUCAAAGUGUCUCCAAGUUCCUCUGAACCACAGUGAAAUACAAAAUAUGAGCAUGGAGAACUUUUUGAACAUAGCUCAAGUCCUAAUUUAUGACAGCUGCACAAUGACCAGGACAAUAAAGUAUUCUCUGCCUGGUGGAUUCUUACUGGAUGUGGAGAGAAACUACAGAAUUCCCACUGUGAUUCCCUCUGCAUUUUUGAUGAUGGAUGCUGAUGUUCUCAACAUAAGCAGUGAGCUGGAAAGGAUGGAAAGACUGCACAAAGAGCUGGGACUAAAACCUAAGACUAGUUCAGAAAAAAAAGUGAUUGUAGGAGCUGUGGCCUAG